AUGCCUCUGCUGUUCGGGUCCGUCAGUCGUCGUGUCUCGGAUUGCCUUUAUCCCACCGCGCGGCAAGUGUGGUUAGCUUCUCAAUCAAACAAAAUCGGGGAAAAAAAAAAGUGGCAUUUUAUCCUCCGUUCCGCCGCGUGCGCCUUUAUCCCUGCAGCGACCACUGGGAGCGACGCCGCGACUGCCGCCGCCCUACUCCAGGUGCCCAGCGCCCAGGUCUUCUUCGGGCUCUUUGCUGGCGACGAGCACCACAAGAGGAGGAUGAUGCUUCUCGCCAAGCUCGGGGCGCCGAGCGUUCCAGGUUGUGUGACGGACAGAAGGAAAUUGCUGUUGGUCCCUGCGAUUAGUGUGGCUAUUGGCUCAUUUCAGUACACUUUUUUCAAGGGAACAGCAAAAGCUGAGUUUGCUGAUAUGCCUGCACUUCGAGGUAAAGAUUAUGGAAAGACAAAAAUGCGGUAUCCAGAUUACACUGAAACGGAAUCAGGCCUCCAGUACAAGGACUUGCGGGUUGGUGAUGGCCCUUCUCCAAAAAAGGGGGAGACUGUUGUUGUUGAUUGGGAUGGCUAUACAAUUGGGUACUACGGUCGUAUCUUUGAAGCUCGAAACAAGACCAAAGGAGGUUCGUUUGAGGGUGGUGACAAAGACUUCUUCAAGUUCAAAGUUGGAUUAGGACAGGUCAUACCAGCUUUUGAGGAGGCUAUAUCAGGCAUGGCCCCAGGAGGUGUUAGGAGGAUCAUUGUACCACCCGAUCUUGGAUAUCCAGAUAAUGACUACAACAAGUUGGGUCCAAAACCAACGACAUUCUCGGGACAAAGAGCUCUUGAUUUUGUUCUACGUAAUCAAGGCUUAAUAGAUAAAACUCUCUUGUUUGACAUCGAGCUUCUCAAGAUAAUUCCAAAUUAAUAGUGAGGAGAUUCUAACAAUUACCUUUGAGGAAAGAAGCUCAUGUUAUUCAAAUCCAUCGAAGUUCAGCAGUAAAUAUAUUCAAUUUUUUAAUGUCAAUAUAUGCAAUUGAAUAUAAAAAGAUUUUUUUAGACAUACACGCAUAUACAACAUGAUGUGAACAUAUAUAUACCUACAUCUCCAUUAACUUCGCCUCUUUUGGAAGAUACCAUUGUGUACAUCUGCAGUUUCUGCAGAAGCUGUAUUAGAUACGUCUGUGAUCACUACCUCGACUGCUGAGCAAAUAGAAAUUGACCAAACGGCUGAUUGCUGAAAUGAAAGCAUUCUAA